AUGCCCAACACAUUCUCCAAAUGGAUUGACAAGAAGCUUUCCCUUCCUCUUCCAAAAUGGGACCAAGAACCGCCUCUUCCAACCCUUCCCCCAACCCGACCCCGCGUCCUCACUCCCUCCCCCUCCCGCGAGACUCUCACCUCGUCCGCCGCAUCCGCCACAUCCACCAGCGCCUUCUUCCAAACCCUCCCCUUCGAAAUCCGGCACAAGAUUCUCAAAGAAGCUUUUGGUAACUACACCAUGCACAUGCAUCUCAGCUACGACCUCCCCAAACCCCCCCUCUCCAUCCGACAACAGGACCCCAAACACCGGCACGCCAACGUCAGAAAAGUGCCACCGCUCUCACCGCCGCAAUCAAAGUUCAGCAUCCCGAAAAGGAAGACCUGGCAGUGGUGGAGCUGCAUAUGUCAUCGCGCCUCGCCGUGGACGCUGUCGCAAUCGCGGCCGCCUACUACGCAGCUGGAUAAACCUUGCUAUGAUGGGUGCUACACUACCAUUGGUUCAUCCUGGUGCGAGUUCUGGCCUGGGGAGGCGCCGGGGAAGUGCUUUAUUGGCGUGAUGGGGUGGUUGCUGUCUUGUCGCCAAGCCUACGCAGAGUGCAUAACAAUCCUCUACUCCACCAACACAAUCCACAUGGCCAGCUCCAUCAUGAUCCGCCACCUCCCCCAGCUGCUCCUCCCCCAGCGACUCAGCACCAUCACCUCCAUCGAAAUGAUCUGGACCACGCACCCAACCCGCUACGGCACCGACCAGCCCAACUCCCUAGACUCCUUCGGCCUGCCAGCCACCCACAGCCUCAUGGAAGUUCUCGAAACAUCCCUCCCAAACCUAAAGCGCCUUUCCCUCACCCUAUCUUCCGAUCUAACUCUCGGCCAUAAAGACGACAACCCUACAGCCUCAACUCCCAUCGACGACAUGGUGCGCAGGAUGCGUCCGCGUCUGGAGGAGUGCUAUGUCUACAUCCCUUGGCAUAUCUACGAGGAGCGAAGGGAAAGGGGGGAAGCGACGGGCGAGGGGUCAGAUGAUGGGGGGUUGGGCGAUGAGCGGUUUUGGCGGCAGCUUCCUGGUGCUGACGGGGGAGAUGAAGCGAUACCCGUGGACUUGAGAGGUUAUUGGGUUUGUUGUGGUGAACGGAAUUAUAGGGCGUUUCCGUUGCCUUGCUGGAUAUGACUAGAUAUAUAUAAUAAGGGGUUGAUGCUAUUAUCAAUAAGCUUCACACUUCACAAUGCAUCAGUUCGUUGGUACUCAUAGCAUAAGUCUCAUCUAUAGCGAAUAUCGAUC